AUGAAGGACAAGGAGUACAUCGUCUUCGGGGAUAACAGCAGAGGAAAGGUACGUGGAGUUGGCGCUAUUCGGAUUUCUGAUGACUUCACCCUGAGAGAGGUUGCUCUUGUUGAUAAACUUGGUUUUAAUCUGCUUUCUAUUUCACAACUUCUUGAUGAUGGGUAUGAGUUCUUCCUCGGGUUGCACAUCAAGCAAACCCGGGAUGGCACCUUCAUCCACCAGGACAAGUACACCAAGGAUAUGCUCAAGAAGUUCGACUUCGGGGACCUCAGUCCCAUGCCGACUCCUAUGAGCACUUCUACGGUGCUGGAUGAGGACACUAAAGGUGUUACUGUGGACCAGAAGGAGUACAGGAGCAUGAUCGACUCGCUCCUGUACUUGAUGGCCACCAGACCCGACAUCCAGUUCGCGGUCUAUCUCUGCGCAAGGUGGGAUUGCUUGCACCACUGA